UACUCAGCAGUCAGUCCUCACUCACCAGUCAGUGGCAAUAUGGCGGAGAGGGGGUCCGCCACUCUACUCGCCUUCGGGGCGAUUAUAGGCGUUUUAUUAUUAGGUAACGUUAUGCCUGUAGGUGCCGACAGUGAAGCUACUUCCAUGAAAUUCAAUAAACUGAUGGGACCAACACUAAGGUUCUUGUACUGCUACUCGUGAGGAUACAGGAAGGUGUUUGAGCAGUAUGCCAACAUCUUGCGUGAGAAAUAUCCAGAAUUAUCCAUUCUCGGGGACAACUAUCCGCCUCCAGAUUGGAAACUCUGGCUUGCAGUUGUUUGUGGUGCCAAACUCCUGUUUAUAGUCAUGAUUGUAGCCAACAUCAACAUGUGGGAAUGGUUAGGGCAGGAGACACCCUCUUGGUGGACAUGGUUCACAACUAACAAGAUUUAUGCAUGUAUGAUGGUGUUUUUCCUCUGUAAUGCUGUAGAGGGGCAACUAGUAUCAACGGGUGCAUUUGAAAUUUCUUUCAACGAUGUUCCUGUUUGGUCUAAGCUGGAAACAGGGCGUAUUCCCCAGCCUCCAGAGCUCUUCCAAAUCAUUGAUAACCACGUACGGUUCAACCAAAACACAAACACUUGGAGUGAUAGCAUAUAACCUUAAGAUGAACUUAAUAAAGCCCCGAGCACCAGAGCAAAGCCUUCAAUUCAUGCAAUGCCCAGUGUCCUGAUCAGAAAGUCAUUAAGAAAAUAUUCGAUAUGCAUCUGUGAUUCAUAUGUUUGUAAUUGGCAGUAGGUUGUAAUUUGAAAUGGAUUUUUACCUCACCUAAUGAAGACAUUAUGUAUGUAAGGAACCAAUUAUGGGGCUAAAGUGCUUCCCUCCCCUUGAGAUCUUAGGCAGCUACACUACCUUAUGCUUCUGUCGUUACUGCUUUUUUUUGUGUUAUGAAGGUCACUGUUGAAAGCACCUAAGUGUUGACUUUGGCUGGAAGCUUUUCUUUUUUGCAAAGUCUUUGCAGUGAAAUAGACAUAGGUUGUGAUGCUGACUUUGAUUAUUUCCUAAGUACCAUUAAGUUGCAACUGAUAAAAGAGUAGAUGCAGGUGUUAUAUGCAUACUGUAUAUGGUACGAAUUUUAUACUUAUUGUUUUUCCUUACUUUUAAUACAAUAUUUAUAUGAUAUUUGUGAAUAUAUAACUAGAUAUUUUUGUGUAGGUAAUGUAAAUUGAUAUUUCUGGACCGUGUGAGUGCUUUUGUCCAUGUAACCUAGAUGAUGUUGAUCAUGUGGUGUGUAAAUUCUUGUUACUAUGUUAUAAAAGCAAAGAAAUUUUUGUCGUAAAUUAAAAUUUUGGUGAAUCACUGGUCUUUUGGCUAAGUUUCACAGCCCUGGACAAACUUACUGAAACUAAGAAAUUAUUCAAAAUUUGCUUACUUUUGAUAGAUACCCAGUGUUUCUUUUGUAAAGGAAAUUAGAAUCCAAGUCCUCUAGUCUUGAAAUUAUUGUACAUCCCCAAUUUUCUUUUCUGCAAAUUAAUAGGAAAAAUUUAACAAACUCUGUAUUGGUAAAGUUUUGACUUUUCCACAGUAGCACCUGUAGAAUGAAUAUAGUAAACAGUAUGAUAAAA